AUGCCAAGCCCGAGGCUCUUCGUUCUAGAAACAGAGACGAACUGCAAUUUCCAUCCUGCGCAUAAGCCUCAUUGUAUCCUCAACAGCUACACUACUUUCAUCGGGCUCAACCCCUCGUCGUCAUCGUCGAGUCAGUGUGAUGGAAGAAUGCCAACUUGCGGCUCAUGUGCUGCUGCUGAAACGACAUGCGUCAUGUCGGAUAGAUUAGUGAUCCGUCACCCAUCUCUGAAUUGUGAUUGUGAUGCCCUACGGGCCCAACUUGCUGCUGCUGAGCGACGAAGUAAUGAGCUGUCUGAAAGGUUUCUGUUCGAUCUAAUGACUGGGAUCCCAAGUUCCAAUCCUCCGUUACCUGGGCAUAAUUCUGCCGAGGCUAUAUCUCAGUCUGACCAACUGAAAGGGAAUCCAGAUUGUCGCUUCCUUAGUCGGAUACUGAGACCAACCUUCUCACUGCAAUUUAGCUCCAGAAGGGAGAACCGCAGUGCUAUGAGCAGCGCUUGGGAGCUAUGGGGUGAUGUCACAGAUAUCGAAGUUUCUGAAGCAGAUGGUUUAAGUCUCGACAAUGACACGUACAUUAAUCUGGCUGGCGCGUUUUUCGAUAGGAGAUGGCCAUAUUUACCAGUAUUACAUCGGCAUACAUUCGCCAACCAACACUUGACAGCCUUUCUGACGAAGUCUGAGAUGAGGCCAUUGACCAGUUUCAUGGUUAACAUCGUCUGUGCCAUUGCGUCAACAGAGAAGUCAUCACCCCAAACUCGCGACAAGACCCAUCGGGUAUUUUUCAAAGAAGCCAUAAAAGACCUGGACCUGGUUUUGAGCGGCGAGAAUAUCCAAUGUGUUCAGUGUCUUCUUCUACUGUGCAUGUAUGGCCAUAAUGAACCCCAGUCAGUCAAUAUGUGGUUCACAACCGCUAUGGCCCUUAAUUUAGCCAUCGGCCUUGACCUUUACCGCAAGGAGAGCAUUUCUGGGAAAGACAUCAUGGAUACAGAGAUGUCUAAACGUGUAUUCUGGUGCGCGUACGUGAUUAAUUGCAGUGUGGCUAUCAACAUGGGCCGACCCUUGGGAAUCCAAGAGUCAGAUAUCAGCAUGCCCUUGCCUAUGCAGCUGACGGAUGCUCAGCUCAUUGAAUCUAUCCAGAGCCCCAAUGUCGAGGAGUCAGUGAUACCGCAUGUGGCUGACACGUCAACAUUUGUCCACAUUAUUAAGCUUCGUCGUAUCAACGCAGGUGUUUACAAGACAUUUCAUUCCAUCGGUUCUCUGACUCAGUGGAUAAUAACAGCGCCACGCUAUAUGCAAACUUUAUCUACUUUCCAGUCCACUGAGUGGUUCCAGAUUGCUUUCCAUCACGCUGUUCUUUCACUUUACCGUCCAUCACGUGCGGUCCCAAUGCCAUCGUCAGAUGAUCUGCGGACCUGCACUGAGUCUGCCAUUGGUCUGAUAAGCUCAUAUAGCGCAUUGUACGCGCGGAACCGCAUCAAAUAUACGUUCAUCGCAAUUCACUCGUUGUUCUUGGCAGCCGUGACAAUGCUGUAUUCUCUGAGAGCGUUUGCACCCCUGCGACAAGAAUUGACCAAGCCGAUGAUUCAAACGAAUAUAUCUACAUUUCUUACACUCUUCCGGGGUAUUUGCGAUGGACGUGCGGUGGGAGAAAAAUGUUGCAGGAUUGUUGAGCGGCUUGGCCAGUCGAUUAUGUCCUUAUUUGAACAUCGAAAUCAGACAGACUUGAGUAUUGAUACCGAGUUCCAAACCUGGUUUGGACUUAGGGCACACACGUUUCCCUCUAAGGCUAGCAACCCAGCCUCAGAUGCCUAUGCUCAUGACUCACCGUCACGUCUUCCUGACGUUCAAAUGGACCUCCCAUGGGCUGACCUAUUCAUGGAGGGAGUAGAUAUGAGCACGGCAGAUGUUUGGAGCGUUCUGUUCUAA